AUGAGCCAAAAUUUAUCCCAGCCUGAUAAUAGCAACCUGGGGAAUGGAGAUUGUGAAGUAAAUCGCUGUUUCCAAGAGAACUAUCCAAAGUCUGCUGCUCUCGGUAUCAUCAUGCUUGCGAUUUGCUCUAGCAUGUUUCCUGUCUCAUUGAAUUCCGUCAGUAUAAUUGUCGGCCGCGCAAUCCAAGGGCUGAGCGUUGCAGCUAUCUUCUCUGGUUCCAUGGUCCUUAUCGUCGAAGCAGUACCCUUGGCUAAACGACCCAUGUACAUGGGAUUUGGUGGCGCAACAUUUGGUCUUUCAGCUGUUCUUGGGCCUCUCGUGGGGAGGAGCUUUGACAUCGAAUGCCUCAUGGAGGUGGUGCUUCCUUAUCAACCUGCCUAUUGGCGGUAUGGUACUUCUGGUGCUGCUCUGGUUCUUCCCAAAUACGCACACUAUGGAAGAACAAUGCGGUCCUCAGAAAGGAAAUAGCGUGCAAAAUUGAUAAAGAAGAAACUCCUCGAUCUGGACCCUAUGGGUAUCAUUUUCCUUGUCCCAGGGAUAGUAUCUCUCAUGCUUGCACUUCAAUGGGGUGGAUCUGUCUAUGCCUGGAGUAAUGGCCGGAUCAUUGCCCUCUUUGUUGUGGCCGGAAUCUUGUCUGUAUCCUUUCUCUAGAACGAAAUAUACCAGCGAGAGCGAGCCAUGCUGAAAAUGAGCGUAUUCACGCAACGCACCGUGUUCGGGAGCUUCUUUUAUUUUUUUUGCGUUGGCGGUUCGAUGAUGACGAUCGUUUACUACCUACCGAUAUGGUUUCAAGCAAUCAAGGGGUCCAGUGCUGUCGAAUCGGGAGAGGUGAAUAUACCUCUUUUGCUAUCGCUCAUGAUUGGCACCCUGCUUGCUGGCAUAUUUGUAUCCAAGGUUGUUGGAUAGGCUGCACCUUUUAUGGUCGCUGGUGCUAUAAUCAUGACGAUUGGAGCGGGGUUAUUUAGCACGUUUGGCAUAGUUAACUACAGGUCAUGCGAAAUGGAUUGGAUACCAGGUUGUGUAUGGGUUCGGCUUGGGACUCGGGAUGCAACAAGGAGCAGCAACCUUUCAAGCAGUGAUACCAAAGCACGACACCCCACACGGGGAGUGAUGUUUCCUUGAUGCAAUAAAAUCUGAGAGUUGUGACUUUGGGCAAAGAACGUGUCGGGUCAUAACCACCUCCAUCGGUGGUGGGUUGCUCCCGCGGGCCGACCCUUGCAUGCCAAGACCUUGUGUCACUCCAGCCGGCGCGUAAUUGCAGCUCUCUCACAACACUCUAAAUCUAUUAUUGGCCUACUAUUCAUAGCAUGCCUAUUAUUUGAGAGCGUACGCAUGCAUAAGCAAUGAUGUGGAAAGAGAAGAUACAGCAACUUCUGCUUGCCAGUCGGCUUAAAUACUAUGCUCUGCUUAUGUGUUAUGCAUGCAGGAAAAAUAUUCAUGCUGCUUACCAGUUGGUUAUGCCAUCUGCCCUUGGUCUAUAUAUACCCGGAUGCAGACGUUCCUGGACUCGAGUUUUCUAGUCCGUUGUUGCUUCUAUCCUGCCAUGACUAAAAUAACAAAUCCCUCAUCCCAAUAACACUUGCUUUCUAACAGCCACAUACCCAGCACCCUUCAGAAGAAUACAGCAUAACAACGGUUCAAACCAACCCAAACACUCGCUAAAACAUCUUCUUAUUCGUGAACCCUUCGUAUUAGUCAAUUUCAGAGCCUCUAUAGGCCCUACGAUUACCGCGCUACCCAGAUUACACGCCUCAGGCCCAAACUCUACUCCACCAAAGAACGGGACGAACUUGGUAGGGUGGGUCAAUGAGUCACCGUACCGCGGUACACAAAAACUAAUAAGCUCUUGCUGCUUUACGAUAUUUAUCUGUGCUUGGGUUAUUAUACACCUACGGGUAUGCAAUCGAAAGUCCGUUGCCUUUUUGCACAAGCUAGCUUUAUUCCUCAAAUCCGUCGUGGCACCCGAAUUAAUUGCCGUUAAAGGAUUGUAGGAAUAGAGUCAAUCAAGGAAGAUAGUCCGGAACUGCAAAAAGUAUACAGAAAAGGAAUUCAGACUGGUUCAUGCGUUCUAUAUUAGUAUGCUUAGUCUUAGAUAUCGCACCGAGCGCGGCGACAAAGUAAUAUAGCCAAACCAAUUUGAAUGGUUACUGGAAAAUGGUCUCUUUGAAUGGAAAUUCCACAAAAGCUGGGGCCUAGGUGAGAGUGACAUCAAGGACAAAAGCAGUGCAGACGGAACUAUGAAAAUGGCAGCACUUAUUCAAACAGCUUAGUUCGUUGUACAGGCAAUUGUACGAGCAGCUCAUAACCUUCCUCUAGCCCAACUAGAAUCCAUGAGCCUCAGCUACAUCCCACUAUUUAUUAUCACAU